CCCCUCCUUUGCUCACACUCAGGCAAAAGGCACCCUAUAUGUGGCAACAUCAAUUGUACCCCGGGUACCUAAGCAAGGGCAGCUAUGUGGCAACAUCGAUCACACACACACACACACACACACACACACACAAUUCAGCAGUGGACCUGAGAGCAGCUCAUUGCCUACGAAACCAAACGGGGAGGGGUUGCUGGCGAGGGCUGGGAUUCCAUUGGCUGCACGCACUCGCCGUGGCGCGGGGGUAUCUCUAAUCAUAUCCAGCAUGUUUUGCACAAGAAAUGUCAGCCAGAAAGGGCUAUCUGCUCUCUUCGCCAAAUUAUUCCACCACGGCCAUGGCAUGCUCGGAGAGCACCGCUGCAAACUCCUUUUUGGUGGACUCCUUGAUCAGCUCAGCCUCAAGCAGAGGGGAAGGCGGAGGAGGAGGAGGCGGGGGCGGCGGAGGAGUUGGAGGAGGAGGAGGCGGAGGAGGAGGCGGCGGCUACUAUCCCAACAACAGCGGUGUCUACCUGCCACAGGCGUCCGAUCUGUCCUAUGGGCUGCAAAGCUACGGGCUAUUCCCGGUCCUGAGCAAACGCAAUGAAGGCCCUUCUCCAAGCGUGGCGCCGGCUUCUCACGCCUACAUGUCAGGGAUGGAAGUCUGGCUAGAUCCCCCCAGGUCCUGCCGCCUGGAAGAGCACGAGAGCCCGCAGGCGACCUCCUGCUCCUUCGCUCCCAGUAUCAAAGAGGAGAGCUCCUACUGCCUCUAUGACGCCGAGAAGGGCCCCAAAGAGGCGGCGGCCACCGACUUGUCCAUUUUCCCAAGGCUGAGCUCGGAGGUCUGCUCUAUGAAUAACGUGACAGCCGCCGGGGUGCCAGUCCCAGGCUACUUCCGCUUGUCUCAAGCUUACGGCACCAGCAAGAGCAGCGUCGGCAGCAAUGGCAACAGCUACAACAACAACAGCAACCACCACCACCAACAUCAUCACCAACAGCAGCAGCAGCAGCACCAUCCCGGGCAGAUGGUGGUUCCUUCCCAAUUCGCCCCGCAACCUCAAGUGCGCUUUGAAACUCCGCCGGCGUUGACUCCUGCAGUCCCACCGCCGGAUCCGGGGAGAAAAGACAGCGAGGAUUCAUCCCCACCCAGCACCUUGGCUUGCGUGGCCCAAAGGGGUGAGGAAGAAGGGCAAGCUUCCUCUUCGGCCCCCGAAGAACUCUCUCCGGCUCCUUCAGAGAACAGCAAACCCUCUCCAGAGAAGGAAACGCUAGGCAAUUCAAAAGGAGAGAACGCAGCCAGUUGGCUCACCGCAAAAAGUGGCAGGAAGAAGCGAUGCCCUUACACCAAGCACCAAACUCUCGAGCUGGAAAAGGAGUUUCUGUUCAACAUGUACCUGACUCGUGAGCGUCGCCUAGAGAUCAGCCGCACAGUCCACCUAACAGACAGACAAGUCAAAAUCUGGUUUCAGAACCGCAGGAUGAAACUGAAGAAAAUGAACAGGGAGAAUCGAAUCCGGGAGCUCACAGCCAACUUCAAUUUCUCCUGAUGAACCCUAGGCACGCAACUGGAUGGUCUAAACAGCUAGGACGGUUCCACCUCCCUCACUCACCGGUCUCCUCCCCCAUCCCCUAAGCCUCUAGCUACUCGCACCUGUGUGGGUUCGAGUCUUUCAAUUACAUCCUCAGCCUCUCCAUGGCCUCUUGGUAAUUGAUUUCGUUGGGAUGAAGCCAUAACUGAUGCACAAUACCCCAUCCAUGUCCGCUUCUGCCCUCAGUGCAUUCUCGGUUCUGGAAAGUCUG